GAGUUUCAAGUCAGUCGUUGUUCAACACAAGAACAUCAAAAUGAAAUCAUUUGUUGUAUUCGCAAUCGCUGCUGUUUUGGCAAUUGCCAAUUGUGAUGAGAUGUAUUCGUCAAAAUUCGAAAAUAUUGACGUCGACGCCAUCAUAAAGAAUGAAAGGUUGUUACAGAAUCAUUUCAAUUGUCUUUUGGAAGGAAAAGGAUGCACCCCAGAAGCUGAAGAAUUGAAGAAGAAAAUCCCUGAAAUCAUGGAAACCUGUUGUGCAAAAUGCUCAGACAAACACAAGGAAGGAGCAAAGAAGAUGACGCAAAACUUGAUCGAGAAUAAGCCGGAAUAUAUCAAGCAAAUUUUGGACAAAUACGAUCCCGACAGAAAAUAUACACAAAAAUGCAGCGAAAACUUGAAAUCUGGAGGUAUAGAUCUAAGUGGUUUCUAAGGGAGAUACUGUGAUACAUGGACGUCUGGAAUGAUUUUGACUGUUGAAUAAUUUGAUUGAAUUUAGAAUAAAUAAUUGAAGCG